AUCGCACGCUUGGACAGGAGUUAAACAGUCCGGUUUUCCGGAGGAGAGUUUCAAUUGUAGAUGCGAUCUGUCAAUUCCAGAACCGUCCCAAACUACCACCUUCAGCCAUGGAGCAAGCGAAAAGUGAGACAGACAACGAAAACAACGCCGAUUGGAUUCUGGAUUCAUUGGUGGCCUACCUUCGUGGUCCCAUUUGGAAUACGCCAAUUCUUAACUUCAUAGAGCAGAAGUCCGUAGUAUUUGAAGGUGAUGGCGAACAGUACGAGAGUGAGUACCUGGGAAUCCAUAAGGAUUUCCGUAAUCUGGUGGAUGUCAUGCUCGGGGCUUACAUGGAUGAUUUAAGCCUUCAGCCGGAACAUUUAGAAUCAGCCUUGAGUCAAAUUCAGCCAUCCGUUCGAUCGGCGGCUUUACAGCAAUUACUAGAACCCGUGCAAUCGGCUGGAGAUUACGAUCGCUUCAAAGUUCUGAUGCGCUCUAAAAAUGAGCAACUGCACAACGAAGCAGUGGAAAUGCUUCGUCAGAAACGCAAUCAUCCCGACGACGGCCCGGCCAUUGAAAAUCGAUCGUCUGUCGAUGAGUUUUCCGAGGAAGACAUCAACGAAGCCAUUCGACAAUCGUUGGCGGAACAUGUGGCCGAACGAAAUGCCCAAGUCCAAGAAAAGCGCGAAGUUGACCGAGCUCUGGCUGCUUCCGUUGCUGGACUUCUCAAGACAAAUUUGAGUGUUGAAGAUGAACAGAGCGUGACUACAUUGCCGGAUACCAAUGAACCUACGCCAGCCAAUCAAGUUGAAUCUCCAGCCAAAGUUGCAAUGAGGAUUCCUGAUCCGGCAGAGGUGGAGCAACGUCGCGUGCAGUUGCGGGCUCAGCGUGACAAGAUUCUCAGCCAGAAGCGGAAAGAGCGAGAACUCCAGUUGGAGCAGCAAGAGCGGACGGAUAGGGCGGCAGGAGAAAGUAGUAAACCGGGAAUGUCUAGACCGAGAUCUGGACGUGCCGCUCGAGCGGCCUUGGCCGGCGAAGCGUCUCCCGAGGUGGACGAGCGUACCAUUCAAUAUCGACGGUUGCUCUUGCAGAAAAUCAAAGAGGAGGUGGAAGGCGUUCCACCGAAAUAAAAUCUUGUUUUAUCUUCAAGAUAAAACUUUUUCUUUAAAUUUGAUUAAAAAUAUUUAUUGUAAAACAUGUCUGCGUUAUUAUUUUAGCUCGUCACAUUUUCAAACAUUUAAAUUCAGAAAUAUGAAAUACGGGAUUAAUUUAAACACCUUGCACAUGUAGUAAGUCGAAUUUUAAUUACUAUAGAUUAACACAGCGCGUGUAUUGCAUAUACGGAAGAGCGAUAUCUGACCUGAAUAAACGGCUUUUACUUUCUUUA